AUGGUGGUGCCUUCCACGACGUCGGCGCGGCAAGAGACGGCGACCAUGCUGCUUCCACCGCCGUGCCCCGGCGGCGGCGCCAUACCGACGGUUGACAUGUCCGCACCCCGCGGCCGCGGCGCGCUGUCGCGGCAGGUGGCGCGUGCGUGCACGGAGCAAGGCUUCUUCCGUGCCGUCAACCACGGCGUGCCUCCGGCGGGACCCGCGGCACGGCUGGACGCCGCCACCUCGGCGUUCUUCGCGCUCGCGGCACACGACAAGCAGCGCGCCGGCCCGCCGAGCCCGCUCGGCUACGGCUGCCGCAGCAUCGGCUUCAACGGCGACGUGGGCGAGCUCGAGUACCUCCUCCUCCACGCCAACCCCGCCGCCGUCGCGCACAGGGCCAGCUCCAUCGACACCAACGACCCCUCACGCUUCAGUUCUGUUGUGAAUGAGUAUGUGGAAGCAGUGAAGCAGCUUGCAUGUGACAUCCUGGACCUGUUGGGAGAGGGGCUAGGGCUGGAGGACCCCAGGCUCUUCAGCAAGCUCAUCACAGAAACUGACAGUGACUCCCUCCUGAGGAUCAACCACUACCCUCCAUCAUGCACCGUUCACAAGCUUGACCAUGAUGACCAAUGCAAGCUCAAGGGGGUUGCCAGGACCAAGGCUGGUAGCGGUGGGAAUCCGGCGGCGGGUGGCCGGAUCGGGUUCGGUGAGCACUCUGACCCACAGCUACUUAGCUUGCUCCGAGCAAACGACGUUGAUGGCUUGCAGGUGCUUCUGCCGGACAUCAACGGCAAGGACACGUGGAUUCAGGUGCCAGCAGACUCGUCGGCCUAUUUCGUCAAUGUUGGUGAUCUCCUUCAGGCUCUGACAAAUGGGAGGUUAGUAAGCGUCCGGCACAGAGUAAUUGCAAGUGCCUGCAGGCCAAGGCUGUCCACCAUCUACUUUGCAGCCCCACCACUGCAUGCACGAAUUUCGGCGCUCCCAGAGAUGGUCACAGCCGACUCACCACCCCGGUACCGGUCAUUCACCUGGGCCGAGUACAAGACAGCAAUGUACUCACUCCGCCUAAGCCACAGCCGCCUGGAGCUCUUCCAUGUUGAUGAUGACGAAAGCGGCAAUGGCAGCAAAGGAAAAUAA